AUGGCAUCUCUCUGGGUGGGACACCGUGGAACGGUGCGUGAUUAUCCAGGCUUUAGCCCGUCAGUGGAUGCUGAAGCGAUUCGAAAGGCAAUUCGAGGAAUUGGAACUGAUGAGAAAACGCUUAUCAGCAUUCUGACUGAGAGGUCGAAUGCACAGCGGCAGCUGAUCGUUAAGGAAUAUCAAGCAGCAUAUGAAAAGAAACUGAAAGAUGACCUAAAGAGUGAUCUCUCUGGCCACUUCGAGCACCUCAUGGUGGCCCUCGUGACUCCUCCAGCUAUGUUUGAUGCCAAGCAGCUAAAGAAAUCCAUGAAGGGCACCGGAACAGAUGAAGAUGCAUUGAUUGAAAUCUUAGCCACCAGGACAAGCCGGCAGAUGAAGGAGAUCUCUCAGGCCUACUACACAGUGUAUAAGAAGAGUCUUGGAGAUGACAUCAGCUCUGAAACAUCUGGUGACUUCCGGAAAGCUCUGUUGACUUUGGCAGAUGGCAGAAGAGAUGAAAGUCUGAAAGUGGAUGAACAGCUGGCCAAAAAGGAUGCCCAGAUUCUCUACAAUGCCGGUGAGAAGAAGUGGGGCACAGACGAAGAUGCGUUCACAGAGAUCCUGUGUCUAAGGAGCUUUCCCCAGCUGAAACGAACAUUUGAUGAAUACAGAAAUAUUAGCCAGAAGGACAUUGAGGACAGCAUCAAAGGAGAAUUAUCUGGACAUUUUGAAGACCUACUGCUGGCCAUCGUUCAUUGUGCAAGGAACGUGCCUGCCUUUUUAGCUGAAAGACUGCAUGGAGCUUUGAAGGGUGCUGGAACCGAUGAGUUUACUCUGAACCGAAUAAUGGUCUCCAGAUCAGAAAUUGACCUUUUGGACAUUCGAGCAGAGUUUAAGAAGCGUUGUGGCUAUUCUCUAUAUUCAGCAAUUAAAUCGGACACUUCUGGAGAUUACGAAGCCGCACUCUUGAAGCUCUGUGGAGGAGAUGACUGA